AUGGAAUUUUAUGAGAUAGUUAAAUCCAUUGGAUCUGGUUCUUUUGGACAAGUCUACUUGGCUAGAAACAAGAGAGAGGAUCGUCUCUAUGUGAUCAAGAGAAUCAAAAUCAGAGAUAUGACUCAGAAGGAUAGAGAAAAUACAGAAAACGAAGUUAGGCUGUUACAAAAACUGAGACAUCCCAAUAUCGUAGCCUAUAAGGACUCUUAUUUAGAUAGGGAACAGUAUCUCAAUAUAGUUAUGAUUCAUUGUGAAGGCGGAGACAUCUAUCAAAAGAUUAGAAAUAAAAAGAGUUUUCCGGAAUCUCAAAUCCUUGAUUGGUUUGCUUAGAUGACAUUAGCAUUGUGUUAUUUACACGAAUAGAAAAUCUUACAUCGAGAUCUCAAGACCUAGAACGUAUUUCUCAAAAAUGGAAGGGUUCGAUUAGGAGAUUUUGGAAUAGCUAAGGUGCUUGAUUCAACAAGAGAUUUAGCUAACACUUGCAUUGGCACACCCUAUUACAUGAGUCCAGAACUAUUUAAAUAUAAGCCAUACUCAUAUAAGAGUGAUGUUUGGGCAUUGGGGUGUUGUCUCUAUGAAAUGUGCAAUCUAAGACAUGCAUUUGAUGCUUAAUCUAUGAAUGGGUUGGCACUCAAGAUCUUAAAAGGGUCAUAUCCAUCUAUCAGUCAAUCUUACUCCAAAGGGUUAAGAGAAUUGAUUAAUAAAAUGCUUAACGUAAAUCCCAAGGCUAGACCAACUAUUUAAGAAAUCGUUCAUAAACCUAUAAUCAAACUUAGAAUUAUUUAUUACAUGUUGGAAGUAUUGAGUGAACCUUCAUCUGCUGAUUUAGAUGACAUGUAUGUUGAUACAUUAUAUGAAUAAGCCUAAUAGAUUGGAGUGCUUCCACUCAUUCAACAUUAUUAAAAGUAAAUGGCGGAAGGAUCCACUAUUUCAGAUAUUAAGAAUGAAUUAGAAAAGGGAGGUAAGGCAGAAUAAAGAAUGCUAAUUUAGAUCCAGGAAUAAGAAGCCUUAAAAUUAAAGUAGCUAAGAAAAGAAUAAUUCGAAAAAAAGAAAUUAGAAGAAGAAAUCAAAAGACUUGAAUAAAAACAAUAAUCUAAGAGUCUUACUAAAAAUAAUGAUUCUCAUCUUAAUUCAAAAGGAGGUACUGAAAACUUUCCUAUCAAAUCUGAAUCUAUUCAAAAAACAGAAGUUUAAACCAAAACUGACUAUUAAAGUAUAACUUAAAGAAAGGUUUCUUUGGAAAGAGAGAGAAGACCGAAUGAUUUAAGAUAAAAAUAAAAAGAAAGAAGUUUAUCCCUUGAAAAAGAUAGAUUGCGAGAUGAUAGUAAUUUAAGUGCUAAGGAUAAAGUCAUCUAAAAAAAAUAAAAAAGAGAAGAAGAAAAGAUCCUCCAAGGAGAAAAAGAAAGACAACUAAUCUAUAGAGAAAGUUUCUAAAAUAGAAAACUUGCCUAAGAAAGGAAGCAAGCACAAUAUCGAUAAUCAAAGGGGAGUUCAUUGAAAGCAUAAGAUGAAUACGAUCUAUCAGAUGAUAGUGAAGGAGUCAAUGCCAUCUAAGAGAUUGAGAACGAAGAUGAAUAUGAGGAGGAUGUAGAUGUUGAUCAAAAGUUGGAUCUAAUCAAAACUAAACUUAAAGAAAAGACAGUUAAGAUUUCAUAAAUUAAUCAAUCACUCCAUUAAAAUAGAUAGGUCCAGAAUAUGUAAAUUAAAGCACUUGAGACUGGUUAAGCCAUACCUUAAGUAGAGGAAGAAUUCGAUAAUGAAGAAGUAGAUGAUGAGGAACAUGAUAAUGAAGAUGACUUAUUGCAAGAGGAUAUCAAAUCAUCUCAUUAAAUAACCUCGAGAAUUUAGGAUAGAAUUAAAUUGUUGAAACAUAGGUGCGAAGGAGGUCUCGGAUCAAAUCUAGCAGAUAAAGCUUUAGCAUUAAUAAGAACUAAAUGUACUUAUUUUGUUAAAUUAGAAUCUUCUAAUUAAGAGUUAAGGAAGUAACUAAUUGUAUUAUUAGGUGAAGAGAAUAUUGGAUAUUGGUAAUUAUUUGAUCAAAUACUUUACAUGGAAGAUUUGAUAGCAAAGUAUUGA